UUCUCGUUUGUUUAUAUUUUUCUUGUUUAUAAAAAUAUGCCGGAAUUCGAGAACUUUAAUGUAAAAACCACAGUUGACUGCAAGCAAGGAGCAGUACGAGCUGUGCGCUAUAAUGUUGACGGCACCUAUUGCUUGAGCUGUGGAUCUGACAAGAAGAUAAAGCUGUGGAAUCCGGUAUCAGGAUUACUUCUUAAGACUUAUGGUGGUCAUGCGGAUGAAGUCACGGAUGCGGCGGGAAGCUGUGAUAGUAGCUAUAUUGUUUCCGCUAGCUUGGACAAGAGCAUAAUCUACUGGGAUGUGUCCACAGGAGCUCCAGUUAGACGCCUACGCAGCCACGCCGGCGGUGUAAAGUGCGUCUGCUUCAACGAAGACUCCUCCAUUGCUAUUUCCGGGGGUCGGGAUAAUGCCGUGAUGUGCUGGGAUAUUCGAACGCGUCGCCUGGAUCCCGUUCAGGUGAUGAAGGAGGCCCGCGACUGCAUCACCACUGUGGCAACUAAUGAGAAUCGGAUCUACGCCGCCUCUUUGGACGGAUGUGUUAGGACCUACGAUAUUCGAGUGGGCGAACUAACCUGCGAUAAGGUUGGUGAACCAAUCACUUAUCUGGCGCAGACGCGCGAUGAGCAAUGUCUGGUGGCCGGUUGUCAGGACAGUGUGGUGCGACUGCUGGACUGUGAGACUGGGGGAUUACUUUUCGAGUACAGGGGCCAUCGCGGCGAUGACUACCACAUCGAGUGUGGAAUACUGUCGAACGAUGCACAUAUAGUCACGGGCUCUAGCGAUGGAGACGCCUUUGUGUACGACCUGCUCGAAGGAAAAAUACUGCAGCGCAUUCGCAUAAGUGAUAAUAGCGGCGUCGUCCACUCUUUAGCCACUCAUCCCAAGCGACAGGAAGUGCUCUUUGCCAGACGUAUGGACAUGUAUGUCUUCUCAACAGAUUUGCAAAUCGAGGAGGAGCAAUUAUAGCUUAUAAUGGUGUAUAGUUUUAACAAAAGCUAGUGAUGUAAGAUGAUAUGAUUAUUAUUUAAAGCGAAAAGACGCCUUCGAAAGACCACCUUAAACUUUUGCAAGAAGCCUUUGAAACAUAACCCCAUACAACCCAUACAAAAAACCGCCAAAAUAAAAAUGUAUUGUUUUGUUGAGGGAAAAAGGAAAAACCAUUUAUUUGACAUAAUUUUUUGUUUUCAUAGAGCAUGAAUGUAUGUAGUAAUAUGUGUUUGUUUUCGAAUGAUCUGGCUUAUAUAUUCUUCACGGUUUAUUUUCCUUUAACUAUGAACGGCCUGCAUAAGUUUUCCUUAAUAAAAUAUUUCGAAUGCGGACGAGUGGGCGAGCAGGCCUGGUUGACAAAAUGUAGCUGCCUACAUGCAUUGGCUGUAUCCUUCAUCAUUCUCAUAGUCUCUCUCCUUGUGGGGAAAUGCGGGACGCCCAGCCGCGACAACGCUGCGCGAAGAAAAGCUUCUUUAAUUCGAAUCGGGUCUCUACAGUGGUGCCCGAGCAGGGACACUUAGUGUCCUAGCUGGCAGCUAUGAGACGUGUUGAAUAAAGUUAAGAAGAAACUGAAAUUGCACAGCGCCGACGCAGCUUGGCGAAGGGGGACAGCUGCAGCAUUGGCCUCUAGCUCACACGUGCGCAUUCUUUUGUUGAAAAGGGGUGUUGGGGGUGGGGGUAAAUGGGAUCGAGGGAUUCCUGGUCAAACUCUCUGAACCUGUCGUACUUAUGUUACUAAAGCAUAUUAAAUAUGUAUGCAAAGUAUUUGUUUAUGGUAGUUUAGUAGUAAUAUUAUGUAAUGUUCCGUUACUUAUGUUCGUAUGUACGCUGCAUGUAUUAUUUAUAUAUGUUGUGGUAGGUAUGCGUAAUUUGUAUAUAAUUUAUAUUUAUAUAUAUAUUUAUAUAAUAGUUUAUAUAAUAAACGAUUUUCACUUGCUUUAAAUUUUGUUUUUUGUUUUUCGUUUUGCAUUUUUUAUCUUUUCCUUUAGAAUGUUAUAAUUUUUUUGUUUUCGUUUUUGUUGUUUUCUUUUUGCUUUUUUUAUGUUUACCACCUACGCUCAUCAAUCGCUUAUAUAAUUAGACUUAAAAAUUUUUACACAAAUAUAUCAACAAUAACUCAAUAAGUUCCAUUCAAAGUAUAUAAUGUACGCCUAUAAACGUUAAAAUUAAAGAUAAGAAAAAAUAAUUUAAAAAAAGGUAAAAAUUAAUGCGAUGGUGUUUAUAGAGUUCAAGGAAUCAUCAAUUAAACUUGCUUAAACAAUUUCGGCAUCUCUCAACGUUCUAUUUUUUUCGCACUUUUCCAAUGCAUGCAAUUCAUAAAAAAUAACCAAACAAAAAUUCAUAAAUUGUAUGUCUAUUUGCGUUCUUUUUUCUUUUGUACUCUGUUUUGUUUCGGUUUCGUUUUUUGUCGUUAUGCUGUUGCCUGCUGCUCUAUUAUGUUGUUCAAAAUCAAUUGCUCAGUUGUAUGUUACGUUUCCUUAGUUAAUUCUAGAUUCUUAACCAAUAAAUGAACAAAUGGUAUUUGUAUUUUACUCUUUGCAUUUAAUUACAGUGGCUGUAUGUAUGUAUUGUGGUUUGUUGGCGAUUGAAGCUUGGAAAAGGAGGUCUGGUUUAGUUUAGAAAUUAAAUCAUAAUUAUCCCAAAAAUACAAAAUUUGUUUAGGUCUGCUUGGUAUAUCAUGCUUGGUUUGUUGUUUGCUUCGUUAAACUCUUACUAAU